AUGGCCAGGAAUGUAUUCGGCGGGCCGCAUAGCAGAGAUGCUGGGGUGAAUAGUGUUACGGAGCAAUUGGCGAGACGAUUGGAGCUUUGUGAGCGGGCUGUUAAGGCUCAUGGGAUUUCGUUGGAGCCUGAGGGUGAGGUUGAUAGGAAAAUUCCUGUGAGGGUUAUGGCGAAUGGGUCGUGGCCGGCUCUCGAGGGUCAGUUGAUUAAGGAGACGGCUCAUGCUAGAUAUGUGGAGAACCCCCUCUGGCAAGGCCUGACCAACGAACUGGACAGUGCUAGCAGUGUCGCAGAUGAAAGCGAGAGCGAGUUCGUUCAGAAUAUAGAUGCAGGAACGUUGCUCUUCCGGCCAUCCUGUCCCAAGGGUGUACGCUCCCUCCAUCCGAAUACGCCGCAGAAUUUUCAGCUGUGGCAGAUAUUCCUGAACAAUGUCAAUCCCAUCGUCAAACUGUUACACGCCCCGUCUACACAGCAGUUGAUCCUGGAAGCUGCGUCGGACUUGGAUAAUAUCUCACGGCCAACCGAGGCUUUGCUGUUUAGCAUAUACCUCUGUGCGGUGGCUUCUAUGGAUGAUGAGACUAGUCUUCAAGUAUUGGGGGCAUCGAGAUCGGACUUGAUGGCUCGUUUUUCACGCGCUGCUGAGCAGGCACUCAUCAAUGCUGAGUUUCUACGUUCUACAAAUGUUUCGAUUCUUCGGGCUCUUACACUUUACCUGCUGGCAACGCGACAACGCUACGAUGUCCAAACCCGGUGGCUUCUCACCGGAAUCGCCAGUCGUAUCGCCCGAACAAUGGGCCUCCACCGCGAACGCAGUCUCGGCUCUUUACCCGCCUUCGAGCGAGAAAUGCGCCGCCGCCUCUGGUGGCAAAUAGUCUUCAUGGACAGUCGCUCAGCCCAACUAUGCGGAAUAGUCGUCGACGCCCACUCCUACCAUUUCUGGGACACCGAGCGACCCCGCAAUCUCAGCGACAGCGACCUAUCCCCGCUAAUGCAGGAACUCCCCCGGGACCGCCCGGGCGCCACGGAGAUGCUAUUCUGCGAGAUCCGAUUCGAGAUCGGCGAUUGCAUGCGCAAGUUAACCGCGAUGGAACACCAGUUUGUUGGAGCUAGUAUUCCCGAGCGAAUGGUUGAGGAGGAACGGGCUAUUAAUGCGUUAGAGGGCCGAUUGGAGGAAGGGUAUCUUAAUGAUUGCGAUCCGUCGAUUCCGUUCCACCAAUUGGCGUUGUAUUUGGCGCGUUCGUCGAUCUGUCAGAUGCGUUUGGCGGCGAGACAUCCCCGUCGAUGUGGGGAGGUAUCGCGGGAGGAUAGGGAUCGGUUGUUCUCGUUGGGGCUGCAGGUGCUCUCUUAUGAUAACUUGACUUAUGCAAGUCGGGACUUGCAACCGUUUCUUUGGCAUGUGGGGAUGAGUUUCCCCUUUGAAGCGUUUAUUCUUGUCCUGACGGAGCUAUUGUCCCGACGUGAGGGUGAACAUGUGGAUCAGGCGUGGGCUAAGGUCGAUCAGGUCUAUCAUGACCACGGGGAUCUGAUUACAGCGGCCAAGACGAAUCAACUCUACUUUGCGCUCGGGACACUUACGCUUCGGGCGUGGGAGGUGCGAACUGCGUGGACGAGGCAAGGGCCGAUCUUGUCUCAGCCGUUGGAGCCACAGUCUGUUGCGCGCCUUCGUGCUCUCCGAGGGAAUUCCCGGGCUCCGUCGCCUGGUGCAUCAGCCCCCGGUCCUGCUACUGGGGUUGCCCCACUGAUGUUGGGCGCGGGACCGGGACCGGAGGAGAGAAUCGGGGAGUCGGAGGGUUUGUUGAUGCCCGGACGGAUGAGUUUAGAGCCCGGGAUGGAUAUGGCCCAGAUUGAUUGGGAAACUUGGCAGAGUUUGAUCGAUGGGCAUAUGACUUGUUUUUAG